AUGGAGAGACGUGAGCCUACUGAACACCAAAGUGCCCAGCAGCAGGCGCAACUGUUUGAGAAGUCCCUACCAAAAGUGAACCAAUUGGCUUUCAAUAUGCUGCUGAAUGAGCUCGUUCCUUUAUCGAUGGCAGUUGAGAACGAUAUACAUGAUAUGGCUGUGAAGGAUAGCAAUGCGGAGGAUGUUACAGUUGAAGUGCUUGCUGGAGAUGUUGAUAAGAAGGUAGUUUUAAAGGAUGAUGAUACAGAAGAGGAAAAAGAACAGGCUCCAAAGUAUAAGAUUGGUGAGCAAAGCCAUAAACUCAUACAGCAGAUAUAUAACUUGGAUGAUGAGUAUCGGAGCAAUAGUGUAGCGGAGAGGAUACAGAACGUCGGAUUUCAAAUAGGCUCGAAGCUAUGCGAGUUGUUAGUAUUUAGCAACAACCCCACUAUAUCAUUCAGGGACAUGGAUCUUCUGGCAGUAAUGAAAUUUGUGUGUCGAGAUGUAUGGAAGCAAGUAUACGGUAAGCAGAUAGAUAAUUUAAAAACCAACCAUAGAGGCACUUUUUACCUAUUGGAUUACGACUAUAAACCUAUACAGACAUUUGCUCUCGAUCUUGAUCCAGAACAGCAGGAAAAAGAAUUAAAAUUAGUAGAGCCUUUCUUAGAGAUCCCUGUUGGUAUAAUAAAAGGUGUUCUGUCUUCGUUGGGAUUUCCAAAGGAUGAAGUUAUAUGUGUGACAUCUUUUGUGGAUAGACCGGAUGAUCGUCCCAGAAGUUUAUUUCCAAAAGGUGUCAGUUUUCAUGUACAAGUUAAUAGACGUUAA